AUGGAAAAAGCCAAACUUGACAAAGAGCUGCAGAAGAAAAAGUACGAACAGAAAGACCAGAGAGAGGAGUGGGAGAAACUGAAGGAAGUGACAGAGCAACUCAGACUGCAGCUGAUGGAGGCAGAGAGACAGAGGGAGAAGAAUGAGAGGAGGCUCAGCGAAACUGCUCAGAGAGAAAAAGAAGAAAAGACCAAGUCUAUGAGAGAGACAGAAAAAGUCAGAAAGCAGCUCCUGGCAGAAAAGGAGGAAAAGAAACUCUUGAAAGCAGAGUUUGAUAAAUUGAAGGAACAGCAGAGAGAUCUGACUAUGGAAAAAGCCAAACUUGACAAAGAGCUGCAGAAGAAAAAGAACGAACAGAAACACCAGAAAGAGGAGUGUGAGAAACUGAAGGAAGUGACAGAGCAACUCAGACUGCAGCUGAUGGAGGCAGAGAGACAGAGGGACGAGAAUGAGAGGAGGCUCAGAGAAACUGCUCAGGGAGAAAAGGAAGAAAAGAUGAGAGAGACAGAAAAAGUCAGAAAGCAGCUCCUGGCAGAGAGGGAGGAAAAGAGAGAGCUGCCUGUGGAAAAAGCCAAACUUCACAAAGAGCUGCAGAAGAAAGAGAACGAACAGAAACACUGGAGAGAGGAGUGUGAGAAACUGAAGGAAGAGCAGAGGGAAGUGACAGAGCAACUCAGACUGCAGCUGAUGGAGGCAGAGAGACAGAGGGAUGAGAACGAGAGGAGGCUCAGAGAAACUGCUCAGAGAGAAAAAGAAGAAAAGACCAAGUCUAUGAGAGAGACAGAAAAAGUCAGAGAGCAGCUCCGGGCAGAGAGGGAGGAAAAGGGACUCUUGAAAGCAGAGUUGGACAAAUUGAAGGAACAGCAGAGGAAACCGGAGAACCAGACAGAGCAACUCGGACAGCAGCGGGAGGGAACAGAGAGACAGAGAGAUGAGAAGGAGAUGGAGCUCAGAGAAAUUGCUGAAAACAAAGAAAAGACCAAAUCUGUGAGUGACAACACAGAAGAUCAGUUUCUGAUGGAGAGAGAAAACAGACAGAAAGCAGCUCAUGGGAAGAAAAGGAAGAAAAGCAACACUGGAAAGACGUGUGUGACAAACUGAAGGAGCAGCAGAGGAAAGUGGAGAACCACGGGGCGAGUGCAGAACCAGACCAGGCAUAGAGGGAGGGAGGUACUGAACCAGAUACAGACGCUGCUGAGUGAGUUUGAGGUGAAGUUGAAAUAGCGUCACACGCAUCCAGCUGUUCCUGCGAGCUCACUUUCUUUUUGUACUCGGGAAAAACCAUCAGGCCACGCUGCAACUGAGGGGUUACUGGAGGCCAUAAAGAGGCCGGACCAGUCAAAAUCCUGUGAGGAACUGGAGAACACAAACAACAGAACGGUGGAAAUACUCU